GAAGAAUAUGAGUCCUCUCAGGAUUCCGACUUCGCACCGGACGAUGCGCCUGAAGCAGCGUCUGGCUCCUCGGAUUCAGAAGAUGAAGCUGAUGAAGCUUCUGGAAAACGUCGACGACCGGCGAAUGACGUGAAGGCCGACGGAGAAGAGAACUAUGAUAAUUCAGGCGACGAAGCGAUAAUUGAAAAAGGUCGGAAGCGACAGAAAAGAGCCAAGGCCAAGGGCGAAGCCAUCGAGGAUGAAGGCGGCGAGGGAGGCCUGAUCAAGACGAGGAGACAGCGUGCAGCAGAAAAAGAAGAGCGACAAUAUGCUGCGAGCAAAGGACCAGUGACGGUCGAUAUCGAUGCCAUCUGGGCCGAGAUGUUGGCGGGAGGCUCCUCAGCAGGCGAGCAACAGAAAAACGAAGACAAGGUGGCGGACGGGAAUGAAGCCGCAGUCGCAAACGAGAAUUCCGAUUUAAAAGAAGACGAAUCCAACAUGAUCCGUAUUAAACGCACCUACAACUUUGCCGGUCGAGUUCAUACCGAAGAGAAGCUCGUGGCCCGUGACUCGGCCGAAGCCAAGCUCUACCUUGCCUCGCAAGGCGAAGAUGCCCUGCCAGAUUCACUACCAAUCAAAAGGCUGACCAAGAAGGCAUUUCGGUCGGCUUUUGAGCCCGUAGCAGAGGGAAUGACCAACCGCUCAGAUCUAAAUCUUGGACUAGCCGCCAGGAUGAAGGCGGCUAACGAAGCGCAGGCAAAGAAGCUCAACACAGUGGAGAAGAGCCGCAUGGACUGGGCUGGCUUCGUGGACAAGGAGGGCAUCAAGGACGAGCUGGCGCUGGCUGGCAAGUCCAAAGAUUCCUACGCCUCUCGGCAGGACUUUUUGGCGCGGAGUGAGGCCUUGCGAGAGGGCGAAGCAAGGAAGGCGAGGGUGGCG